GCGUGCAUCCAGUACUGAAGUUCUACAGCACUGAGUGAGAGAAGCUGCCUACGAUUGAUCUCUUACAAUGCCUCGUCCUGACUCGUCUUACGCACUGGGGACUUACAGCAGCUUUGGAAGGAGCCGUGGCCACCAUGGUCUAAGUUCAGAAGAGGCUGCUGGCAUAGCCAUCCUUGCUGUUGUAGCUGCUGUUGUCUUCAUCGUUGGAUGUUGGUACUUUAAAAGGCGGAAUGGUUACAAAAUACUUGGGAAUCAAACAUUUACACCAGCAGCAAUCAGAAACUUGCUUGGAGGAUCACGGGGAAAUGAAGAAGUUAAAGUGCCAUUAAAGGAGUACAGCACCCUAACCAAUGUGGUACCUGGUGCUCCUCCUGCCUAUGAGAAAAUUGUAGCAGAGUCUCAGCCACCACCUUACACACCAUAAACCGGAAGACAUUUGUUUCAUAAAGUUAAAGGCUGUCAAACUUGAAAUAUUAAAAAAAAAACUGCUUCCAUUUCCUUAAUAUUGUGCAUAGUACUUGCAUUUUGAGAGAAUGUAUACCAAUAUUAAUCAUUAAACCAGGCAUGUGGGUCAGUGGCUGCCCGGUCAUGGCCUUAUCUCCGCAUGCUGACAGUACAGCUGUGAAGACAGUCUAUCUCUGCAUUGAGGUCUCUUUCUUGAAUAAGAUUUUUCUUGCAUUCAAUGUAAUUCUAGCAAUAUGAGCUUUCCAAUUUGUAUAUUUAAAGCUGGUGUUCUGAUUCGUGUCACUGCAGUACAAAUCUUGAUCUUAUUAUGGAAGCUGGACCAUAUACAUAAUAAAGUUAAUCACUUGCAUAA